GCGCGGUUCUGAUAAGCCAAUAUGCCCCGUUUCAAUGUUAUCGAUAAGACAUACAGUAACUUUUUUCUGGUGGCAGUUCAACCACUGCCAAACUAUCUACACGCUCGACGCUCACACAUUAUUCACCCAAAAUGGCCCCUGCUAGGGCUGAUGAUUUCCUUGGACUAUCCGACAGUGAAGGAGAAGAUGUUGGAGGUUACAAUUCCGAUGCUGAAGUCCAAAAGGGUAUCCGCAGUGCUAAGCGCAGAAGGCUGAGCGACGACGAGGAUGCUGGCAGCGACUCGGAAGACGAAGCCAAGGCACUCAAAUUCACAGAUGAGAAAGUCGACGAGGACGAAGAACAAGAAACAGUCGCCAAUGACGAAUCGAAAUCAAAGUCGAAAAAAGCCGACGUGAAGAUUCCCGAACUCAAAACAGCACUUCCCGAUAUCACAAGACCUGCAACCAAAAAGAACCUGGUGGCUACAGAGGCUGCUAUCAAAAAGUCUGGCGUCGUGUACAUGUCUCGCAUACCGCCGUUCAUGAAGCCCGCCAAGGUACGGUCCCUGCUGGAACCAUAUGGCACGAUCAACCGCAUCUUUCUCGCACCAGAAGAUCCUGCCGCCCAUGCGCGCAGAGUAAAGGCGGGCGGCAACAAGAAGAAGUCAUACACAGAGGGUUGGGUGGAAUUUGUCAAGAAAAAGGAAGCCAAGGCAGCCUGCGAGCUCCUCAAUGCGCGCACCAUUGGAGGCAAGAAGGGUAGCUACUACCGUGACGAUAUCUGGAACCUGCUCUACCUCAACGGCUUCAAGUGGAACAACCUGACCCAGCAGAUUGCUGCUGAAGAUGCCGAGCGAGCAAGCAGAAUGCGUGCCGAAAUCAGCAAGACGACCAAGGAAAACAAGGAGUUUGUGCGCAACGUGGAAAGGGCCAAGAUGCUGGACGGCAUGCAGGCCAAGUCGAAGAAGAGAAAGGCAGACGCUGGCGAGGACGCUUCAACGGCGCCGCUGGAAGAAGGAAGCAGAACAUUCAAGCAGAUUCCAUUGGCAAAGAAGGCCAAGGAGACAGACGAGCCUUCAGAACGGGUUUCUCGCGUGCUCAGCAAGAUCUUUUAGAGCGUUGGCGGCGUACUCUGUUGCAUGUUUUGGUUUGCUUUGUCCUGGAGUUAAGCUUUUUGUAUAUAAACUGGUACAUAUCACGCAUAAGCCUCAUGAUUCAAUCUACAAUUCUUCCAUUUU